GCUGGGUCGAGAACAUUUGGAGACGCCUUUACGUCUAAGGAGAUUUCAUGGAGAACCUAAAAUUUGCACGUGGUGCUGACAUAUGGCCGGCAGUAUACAUCCAUCCAAAAAUUGUUCUGCGGAGUCGCAACUGCUGGUGAUCCUGAGGAACAGAUAACACAACAACACUUUCUCGUCAUUCGUAGCGCAUGAUGACGCAUGCCACAACCUGCCUUUCAGGAUUUAAGUCAUCACUGCUUAAGAAGGCGCUUCUCUCUGGCUUUACUUGCUUCUGAUGUCUGGUGCUCAGAGACUCACGUUCUGUAGUUACUUCCAGCGCAGCCCGCGAGCACAUCACAUCGACCAAGGUGUCAUUCAGAGGGAUGCCACAGGAACUUCACUGCCUGGAGUUCACAUCGUGGCAUCUCCAGAUGAUUCGUCUCCCGAGAUAUGGCAGAAUAAAGCCGGGCGAGUUGCCGGGUCCGGUAGAGCAACUCCGGUGAAUCAGUGCCACGGCAACCAAAGAGAACCGGAGAGAGAGCCGAGCAAAGGAAGCUUGCGGGAAGCAACCAAAGACAUUUUUGCGUGGUUGCCAAAACAAAAGUCAGACUCUUUUUCCGAGACAUGCGUCCCUUUGUUCGGGAAGCGAAACAAGAACGAAGAGCCAGAUUGCUCGUCUUUGGCAGCACUGGUGGCGCGAGAUCUCAGACAAACCGAGACCAACGAAGAACCACAAGUUCUCCCAGGAGUGACCUCCCCUUCGUUUUGGAAAAAAGCCAACUGGAAAACGUGAUCCCGCGAACAAUACCGGAACGAGCACGGUACUGGUGUAAAACCGAUCGGGGUGGUCCCGCUUGGCUCUUUAACUCUUCCCGUUCUUCCUUCUUGUGCCUUACAGUACGCUCAAAUUCCCUCUUCACCCCUGAACUAAUGACCGUCGUUCACACAGAUAUUCACAGUCUACACGAAACGUCCGCCCGCAACACAAUUAGUCCUCCAGGGCGAAUUGCCUCGUGCGAAGCACCGGUGAAGUGUUUGCAGUUCGAUGUGGGAAAC